UCAAAUCAUGACCCAUCAUGGAGACAUGAGCUGCCCUCAAGAUGGCGCCUUCCUCCCGCCUUCAUCCCCUCAGCCAAUAGCGAAGCGGUCUCGACCCGGGCGAGGGCGGGACUGCAACAUGGCGGCCGGGCGGGAUGUGAGCGGCGGGAUGGAGGCUGUGGCAGUGGCGGUGUGGCCGCCUGAGGAGACACCGGCGCCAUUUCAGUACAGCCCGGACUCCGUACCCGGGGCGGACGGAGCCAUCGACCCCACUGAGGUGACCUUCCCUGGCUGCUCAUGUCGUGUCCCCUCCUGCCCGGCCCGCUCCUGUCCGUGUAUCCUGCAUAGAACUGCCGAGCCGCUCUUUGAAUGCAACUCCAUGUGCCGCUGUGGGGAUGGCUGUGAGAACAGGGUGGUGCAGAGGGGGCUGCAGGUCAGGCUUGAAGUGUUCAAAACGGCAAAAAAAGGGUGGGGGGUCCGCACGCUGGAAGCCAUAACAAAGGGGAGGUUUGUAUGUGAAUAUGCAGGGGAAGUUUUAGGCUUUGCUGAGGCACGGAGGAGGAUCCUCACCCAGACGGCUCAAGAUCCCAACUACAUCAUUGCAGUGCGGGAGCAUCUCCACAACGGGCAGGUGAUGGAGACCUUCAUUGACCCCACAUACAUCGGGAACGUGGGCAGGUUCCUCAAUCACUCCUGUGAACCCAACUUAGUGAUGGUGCCCGUCCGAGUUGACUCCAUAGUGCCCAAGCUGGCGCUUUUUGCUGCUGUUGAUAUCGCUGCUGGAGAGGAGCUUUGUUAUGAUUACUCUGGGAGGUUCCAUAACUUACCCAUAACAGAGGGAGAACAACAAGCUUCAGAAGAAGGAAACGUGCUGAGAAAGCCAUGCUUCUGUGGGGCCCAAACCUGUGCUGCCUUCCUGCCCUGGGAUGGCUCCCUGUUCCCCAGUGCAGACAUGCAUUCAGAGAGCUCCCCAUAGCUCCAUAACGAUGCCAUUUUCUCCAGCGGUUAAAGUGCACUUGGAUCGAACUGAUUGCACACAUCAAAGAAGUGCUCUGGGUAACAGCUGAAAACAUAAGACUUUGUGUCCAUCUCCAUGCAGUGGCUGUUUUCAAGGUGGAUGAUAAGGAGCAGCACCGGAGCUUCAAGGGCGUUCCAGUCUCAAUUAGCACCAAUCCUGGGGCAGUUUCUCGUUGUUUUCAGCUGACAGCUCACCAUAUGUUAACAAAUCAUGUCUUUAGUUUGUACUAAAGCUCUUGGAAAGAUUGAGCAUUAACACAGAAGGGAGGAUAACAGCAACAGACAGCUCUGGGAAUCACACAGAGGAGUGAAAGGGACAAAGGAACGCUGGAAUUUACAAAAGGGGCAUUAGGUGUCUUAAAUCUUACCGUAAGAAAUAGAUCUUUAAAAUGAGUUGCUACAGUUUUCUUGUUCCACCAGCCACAAUUCCUACAGAUGUUAAAACCCUGCCCCAAAUGAUUCACUUAAAUUAACUUAAAUGCUUCCCACCUGCUUUUGCAGGUCUGGGCUGUGUAAUUGUACAGAACAGACACUGUGCAGUUCUGUAACUCAACACACGCUUCACUGGGACCCAGAACACAACUUAGACUGCAAAAUUUGUCUCAUUUAGAGACUUAUCUGGUUUUCUUCUCCCCGAGGGCAUCGUGGCAGCCACCCAGACUCUUUCAGCCUGCGGGACAGGAGGUGUGGGAGUAGAUGAUCCAAUCUGCUUCCUCUUUUCCUCCUGGAAAAAGUUUCAAGAUAGGGUUUAUUUGUCUCCUGUAUUCCUGUUCCUGAAGAUUAGAUGGGUUUUCAAGAUGACAGCACUGCGUGUCAGCUUCCUGUUAUGAAUACGUACUUGGCAUGAUUUUGAGUAGUUAAGGAAGCGUAAAUUCAAAACCCAAAGCAGAGAAGCACAUUAGCAAUAUCUGGUCCCUGCAUCAGCAGCCUUAAAUCAGAGCUCACAGCUCCUGCCCCUGCAGUCCUACCCACCCAGCCCCCAGCAGCAGCUGCUGUCUCUAGCAAGCAAACCAAGCAUGGCCAAAACUAACUUCCGUGCCCAGAGCAACAAGAGAUUGCAGAACUGUUAGAAACAGCCACACUAAAGGCCCAGCAAGAACGUGAAAUAACUUGCUGCAUCAUAACCCAUCUUUUUGUACAUAGUGUGGCUGUUGGCACUGCCUGCUACCCUUGGCUGUGGACCAACAUCCUAAAUGUACCCCAGCAAGGAAAUGAAAGAAAAAAAUCGACACAAAGUUGUUUUUAAAUAGCAAAGUGAACUUUCCGCUGUGCAGAACUGUGCACAGUUUGGGUUUUGUUUGUUUUACCCCAAGGCAUUUUUCCAGAAUAAAAACCAAAAACAAUUCUGCAAAA